AUGGAUCGUCUGACGUCUUGGGCCUCCUCGAUGAUUGUCUUGUUCUUCAUUGUCUCUCUGAAGCAAGUCCGUGCUGGUCCGGCCACAUAUUGCAAACCAAUUCCAUCUUCGUCGAAUUGGCCUGCUCAGUCGGCAUGGCAAGAGUUGAACAUGACUGUGUCUGGCAAACUUUUUGUGGAUAUUCCUCCUGGAUCAGUCUGCCAUCCAGAAAACAUAUUAUUCGACAAUACCACUUGCGCAUUGGUCCUUUCUCAAUGGACGAACUCGAGCUUCCAUGCUAACAACCCCAUCUCGAUUGACUACAAUGACGAUGGAUGUCUGCCGUCGCCUUUGGCACCUUGCACACUGUCUGCUUAUCCAUCGUUUGUGGUGCAUGCCACCAAAGCCUCCGAUGUACAGGCAGCGGUGGAUUUUGCCGCCAAUACAGGAGUAAGGUUGAUAGUCAAAGGGACUGGCCAUGAUCUCCUCUCGAGAUCCUCUGGUGGACAGUCCUUGUCGAUAUGGACACACAACAUUGUGGGAAUCUCAGUGAACACUAGUGACACUCGGGCUCUCCCGUAUGGUGGAGUUGGUUCAGUCAAAAUCGCGGCUGGAUCAAGGAUGGCAGAAGUUUACCAGGCGGUCGCAAAAUAUAAUCUCACAGUUAUUGCAGGUGGUGACAUGUCAGUCGGUAUUGGUGGAUGGGUCCUAGGGGGUGGCCAUUCUCCCAUAAGCUCUACAUAUGGACUCGGAGCCGAUCAAGUCCUCGAGAUGGAGGUGGUGACUCCGGACGGCAAAUUUCUCACUAUCAACGAGAAAUCAUACCCCGAUUUGUUCUGGGCUAUGCGAGGGGGCGGGGGCUCGACCUUUGGCGUUCUCAUCAGCGUGACCAUGAAGGUCUACCCAACCCUUCCUGGCAGCCUUACGAUAUUUACUGCCAACACCACUUCCAACAGCGACACGUUUUGGUCGAUUUCGACAUAUUUUACAUCGCAAGUGCCCAGCCUCUCGGACCAAGGUGCUAACGGCUACCACUAUUUUAUCCCAUAUGCUCCGCCAAACCCUCCGGACCAAGCAGGCAUUAUUAUCGGAGGUUACUUCUUCCCUAACAAAACUCCUGCCCAGGUCAACGCCAUCAUGGAUCCUGUCAUCACCAAGAUCAAUACAACGAACUGGGGCGACAAAGUGUUCGUUGCGAAUGAAACCAUCCCAGUUCCGGAUUUUAAUAAAUUUUGGAUGACGAAUCAGCCUGAGGCUGUUGGGCCAUCAGAGCGGCUAGGUUCUCGCCUCCUGACACGUGGUGCUCUUACUGGUAACCAAACAGAGCUGGAGAAUGCACUGCGUACAGCCUCAAAUGGUACCUGGACCCUCCUCAACCAUCUGGUUGCGGGCAAAGGAGUGCGAGAUGCCAAAAUCCCCGGUGGGAACAACUCAGUAUGUCCCGCGUGGCGAAACAAUACCUACAUUCAUUUCGUUACCUACCGAACUUGGACACCCUUGAACCAAACCGAAAAGACAUCUGUAACAAACGAGCUACGCAACAGCGCCGUUGAAGCCCUGCGCAUCCUCGAUCCUUACACGGGUGCUUAUGUUAAUGAAGCCGACCCAACUGAGCCUAACUGGCAAACCACCUUCUGGGGCUCGAACUACCCGCGGCUCUUGGCUCUCAAGAAAAAGUACGACCCCGAAGGCAUAUUCUGGUGUAAACCCUGUGUGGGCAAUGAGCUCUGGAACGUCACAGGCAGUUCUGCGACCCAAGAUGAACCACCGAUGCGGAGUACCGACUUCGAGGAUGAUGAUUUGCUCGAGACAAUCCUCACCGCCGCAGGGCGGUUGUGCCUCGAUGACCAAGGGGGAUGGGACUAUCAUGGCCAUUCUUCAGGCCCGGCCUUUCUGCAAGGUCUCAGAAAGCGGUUUUUGGACAAAGGUGCCACGAAUGGGGACGAUGCCACAAUAUUAAGUCCUCUCCAGAGCGUCCCGUGGUCCCCCAGAAGCCCUCCCCCGCCUCCUGAACCAAGAAUCGCUCCACCACUGCCGCCAAAGGAGCUGGCACAGAAGCUCGUGGAGUGUGCGCUUGGCUCUGGAUGUGCGGUACUAUCCUUCAUCCACCGGCCGACCUUCAGCCAGCUUCUCGACACAUUCUAUGAAACGGAUCCCGAAAACUAUGGCAUCCAAGAAGCCCGGGUUCGUGCUUUUUUAUACUCGGUUUUCGCUUUAGGCUGGCUCUUUCUGAGAACCAAGUCCGUGGACUUGAGAUCUAACAUUUCAAUGCGCGAAGGGAAAUAUGUCUGUGUGUCAUUCUUAUAUCGCGGCGACGGUAGCAGCUUCGCUUCAAAUAGGCCUACACAGGUCUUUACCCGGCGCGUUUUCGAUGCGGUCGAGCAGGAGACCCGCAAGCGUGUCUUUUGGACCGUGCGAAACAUGGAAGCGUACAUCUGUGCCAUUCUGGGCCUGCCAACAGCGAUUAAGGAAGAUGAUGUCGACCAGGAGCUGCCUCUAGAGGUUGAUGACGCAUGCAUUGCUAGGUAUGGGAUUUCGGUAUGCCCAGCAAAACACCUCCCACCUACAGUUGCCAUAAAUGCACAUACCAGACUCAUGCAGAUCUUCGCGAAGAUCCUACGAUACGUCUAUCCUGUGCAUCAUAGUGGCCAUGGCCAUGGCCUUGCCGACCAACCCGGUGAAUACCGAGUGAAGUACAAAAGAAUGUGUGAGGUAGAACAUGAAUUGCAGCUCUGGUCGGCAAAUCUGCCCUUGGAGCUCUCGAACGACAACGACAAUACACCGAAUCCUCUGAGAUUCCAGAGAGCCCUACUUUUCAUCGCCUAUGCACACACACGACUGAUCCUCUACCGGCCAUUUUUGCUGAGUGUCUCUCACUACACAAUGAAAAAUCAAUCCGAUACACGCGCCCACACCUAUGUAAUGGCGUGCUUAGAUGCCAGCCGCGACGUAAUCAUCGGUAUGAGGAAUAUGAGGGAGAGGGAUAUUCUCAGCGGCCCUUUCUUCUUUACAUCAUAUUCGACAUUCUUUGCGGCCAUUUCCUUGAUCUCUUAUGCUUGGGAACGAACCCAAGGCGAAGACAUCCAAGCGGUCCUUAGAUAUGCUGAGAUUGGCCGGGAUAUUUUGUCUCUAUUGGGUCAGCGAAGUGUAGCUGCCGCAAGAUGCAGCAAAGCGCUAGAGGCACUAUUCGGCCUCCUCAAUAAGAGGCUGAGCGAGACCAAUGAAGUCGCAGUAACUGCAAGACCACACGCAGAGCCGACACUCAUGCACAGGGGUCCAGAAUCGGUGACGGGAACAUUUACCCACAACCCUUCUUUCACGCCCGGGCUCAAGGACGUCUCUGGCAAGGAAGCCUACUUCCUCGGUGAUGCGGGUGUUGAUGGCUAUAUCUCUGUGGCUGACUCAACAAAUCCCGAAUUCGACACAGUCAAGCUCACUCUGGAGGGUCUUUUGGUUACUACCAUUCGAUGCCUAGAUUGGUAUGCGGAUACCCUCAUCCAGCGAGCACAAAAGCUCCUACAGUUGCACGACGUCAAGAGAGCGACGGACUUCAUUGGAUUUGAAGAUCAAAGAAAGAGCACCGCAAAGUGCUUCUUCCACUUCGACGUACCCAAGUGCCUACAGUCCGAACUCCUGGGGCAGAAUCGUGGGUUUCUUCGCGAUCUUCCCCCUUCUCUCCCUCAGUUUGAGGUUGGACAAAGGCAUCCUGUGCUGCAGCCACGGCGCCAGGGGCAAUGCGACGUCACUUACACUCUCCGUGUUCAGGCUCUCAUGCAAGACAAAGUGGUGACAAGCUGGAGCCGCUCCAUUCAGAUCAUCCCUGCCCUGGAUGUUUCACCGCCCUUUUGCGUCACAGACUUUGCCGGCGAGUAUUUACUGGAAAGGUCCCGACGCCGGAGACGAUGGCUUCCAGGAGGACGUACCACUGGAGACUUGCGAAUUGAAGCCUGUCAACCUCCGCCCGUAAUUCUGAGUCAACUCACAGGCGAUACGGUCCUUUCAACCACAUUAAGUUUGACGCAGGGAGAUCGGUCGACAGGGAAUGUCCGCGAAGAGUCCAGAACCCCGGCCCAAGGUCGGUGCAGGGCAUCUUUGAUGUUCUCGACGUUUAUAUCCAGCGACCCGAGAGAGAGUGCUCCGACACUGAAAGACCUCUCGUCUCCCGGCGCACUAUGUCGAAACUUCGGAGUCUACGCCACGGUCGAGGUCCCGGUGCAGUUCUCAAAAUGGACCAAAACCUCUGCCACCCUCCAGGGAGACAAUCAUAACCUAGAGUUGGAGCACCAGUGGAAAGCAGAUGCCCAUGUGACCCUCAACUUUGGAAAGCUGAAGUAUCCAGUCCCAAGCUUCGAGUCCUCCUUGGUUUCGCGCCGGUACAGAGUUGAUCUUCGCGUCCGAAUAGCGGCACCAUACCGCUGCACGCUCCGCCUGGCUCUACCGAUUCAGAUCCUCUACCGCACAGACAGCGGUCAGAGUCCCAGAAGGUUCCGCGAAAUCGAUUGCCCUCCAUACGUCGCAUAG